UCCUCAGGCUGUGGCUACGAAACAUCUCAGUUGCUGUGUGGAGAGAUUUGACGGAGGGACACUCCUGUGCAUGGACCGUCACUGCGCUGCAAUCCGCCGCCCGCUCGCUCGCUCGCUCGCUCACACACGCACGCACGCACACACACACACACAGACACACACAGACACGCGCGCGUACACACACACACACUUACACACAUGCAUACACUUGCACACACGCAUGUAAUGCCUCGGUGAGACCUGGACGUACGCGGCGGAGAAAACCACGCAUGUGAAUAUUUUAUUUUUGCAUGUCAGGAGAGGAGGAACUAGUCGCCGGGUCCGCGGCUGUUUGUCUUUUCUUAUCGCUUCUCUUCCCCCCCCCUCCCUCCCUCCCUCCUCUAUGUCACUCUAAUUAAUCGGAGGCAUGUGGAAUCGCACCAGGAUUAGGAAUUGCUUCCCAAUAGUGUGCCUGCUGUUGACGUUAUGGACGGAGGUGUCCCAGUCAACCGGCUAUUUCGAGCUGCAGCUGAUCUCCGUGGAGAAUGUAAACGGCGAGCUGGCGGACGGGGAGUGCUGCGACGGCUCCAGGAGCUCCCAGGACCUGCGCUGCACUCGAGACGAGUGCGACACUUACUUCAAAUUGUGCCUGAAGGAGUACCAGAUGGAGGUCACCACCGCCGGCUCCUGCACGUUCGGGGCUGGAUCUACGCAAGUUCUCGGUGGAAAUAUGUUUUCUUUUAGGAGCGCAAAGAAUAACCCGAAUAAAAUCGACGAUGCUGGCAAGAUUUUGAUCCCCUUCCAGUUUGCGUGGCCGCGGACGUACACGUUGAUUUUAGAGGCCUGGGACUGGGACAACGCCACACGCAGCAAUGAGGAGGAGCUGCUGAUCGAACGCAGCAUUCACACUGGCAUGAUCAACCCCGGUGACCAGUGGCAGACCAUCUUGCACGACGGGCCCGUGGCUCACCUCACCUAUCGCAUCCGGGUGCGCUGUGAUGACAACUACUACGGCAACAAGUGCAAUAAGCUGUGUGUUCCUCGUGACGACUACUUUGGACACUAUCGCUGUGAGCCUUCGGGGGCUCAGGUGUGCCUGGAUGGCUGGAUGGGCCCAGACUGCCGCACAGCAAUCUGCAAGCAAGGCUGCAACCUGUUACAUGGCAUCUGCGUUGUCCCAGGGGAAUGCAAGUGUAACUAUGGCUGGCAGGGCCAGUUCUGCGAUGAAUGUGUGCUUUAUCCUGGAUGCGUCCACGGGACCUGCAACCUCCCUUGGCAGUGCAACUGUGAGAGGAACUGGGGUGGCCUGCUGUGUGAUAAAGAUCUAAAUUACUGCGGUCGCCACCAGCCUUGUGUCAACGGAGGGACCUGCAUGAACACCGAACCAGAUGAGUACUACUGCGCCUGUCCACAGGGCUACUCUGGCAAGACCUGUCAGAUAGCCGAGCACGCCUGCGUGUCCGAUCCCUGUGCCAACGGCGCCACGUGCCACGAGGUUCUUGCAGGGUUCGAGUGCCAGUGUCCGCCAGGUUGGGAGGGUCUGACCUGUGCCAACAAUUUGGAUGAGUGUGCGUCCAGUCCGUGUGCUCGGGGUGGAACCUGUAUCGACCAGGAGAAUGGCUUCGAGUGUGUGUGCCCCCCACAGUGGGAAGGAAAGACCUGCCAGAUAGAUGCAGAUGAGUGUUCAGAAAAACCCUGUAAGAACGCUUACUCUUGCAAAAAUUUGAUUGGUGGAUAUCACUGCAACUGUUUUCGGGGAUGGUCCGGACAAAACUGUGACAUCAGAAUCAAUGGCUGCCAUGGUCAAUGCCAGAAUGGAGCAACAUGCAAGGAGAGUGCGAGGGGUUACCACUGCCAUUGUCCUCCAGGUUUCGUGGGCACUCACUGUGAAAUCCAGAGGAAUAAAUGCAACAGCAAACCAUGCCAGAACGGCGGCCAGUGCCACGCGGUGUUGGACAGCUUCGUGUGUGAAUGCCCACCAGAGUUUGCUGGACAGCUGUGUGAGAUCUCUAGCUGGUCCCCCUCAGAUGCUUGUGAUCCAAACCCUUGUGAGAAUGAGGCCAAGUGUCACAGCAUUUACCAGGACUUCUACUGCGCGUGUCCUGAAGGCUACGAGGGGAAAACCUGUGAACGGCUGAAAGAGAACUGCCAAACCACCCCAUGUCAAGUGAUUGACAGCUGCACUGUUGCUGUAGCGACAAACGACUCGGCUGGAGUGCGGCACAUCUCCUCCAACGUCUGUGGGCCGCGAGGACGCUGCAUCAGCCAGCCAGCGGGCAACUUCACUUGCGUCUGCGAUCCGGGUUUCAGUGGCAUGUAUUGUCACGAGAAUAUUAACGACUGCAUCAACAACCCCUGUGGAAAUGGAGGAACCUGCAUCGAUGGGGUGAACUCCUUUCAGUGCUUCUGUCCUGACGGCUGGGAGGGUCAGCUCUGCGAUCACAAUGUCAACGAGUGCAGACACAACCCCUGUAAGAAUGGCGGGCGCUGUGUCGACAUGGUGAACGACUUCUACUGCGAGUGCACCGACAACUGGAAGGGCAAGACCUGCCAUUCCCGCGAGAACCAGUGUGACGCAACCACCUGCAGUAAUGGCGGCACCUGCUACGACCACGGGGAUGCCUUCCGCUGUGCGUGUCCACCUGGGUGGGGAGGAAACACUUGCAACACAGCCAAGAACAGCACAUGCGCCUCCAGUCCUUGUUCAAACGGUGGAACGUGCGUUGGAGGGGGAGACACCUUCACCUGCAUCUGCAAAGACGGCUGGGAAGGCCCCACCUGUGGCCAAAAUACAAAUGACUGCAACCCUCAUCCAUGUUACAAUGGCGGUAUCUGUGUGGACGGAGUCAACUGGUUUCGGUGUGAGUGCGCUCCUGGUUUCGCUGGACCAGACUGCAGAAUCAACAUAAAUGAGUGCCAGUCUUCACCCUGUGCCUACGGAGCCACAUGCGUGGAUGAGAUCAACGGUUUCCGAUGUAUCUGUCCACUUGGUCGAACAGGAGCCCGAUGUCAAGAGUUCAUAGGUAUUGGGAAGACGUGCCACUAUGCUGGGCUGCAGUUUCCCCAUGGCAGCCGCUGGGAAGAGGAGUGCAACAACUGCCAUUGCAUCAACGGCAAAGUGGACUGUACAAAGGUGCUGUGCGGUCGUCGUCCCUGCAAACUCCAGUCCGCAGACCAGGAACAGAGACAGCAGUCCUGCCCGGCUGGACGGGAGUGUUUAAAGCACAGCUACCUCACCUGCUUCUCACCCCCUUGCCAUCAGUGGGGGGUUUGCUCCAUGGCAGGGCCCUCACUUCCACAAGUAACCACCAAGUGCCAGCCGAACGGCGGGCAUUUGGACAACAGCUGUGUUCUCAUAACACUGGUUUUCAACAGAGACAAAGUACCAUCAGGAACGACAGUGGAAAAUAUCUGCUAUGAGUUGAGGUAUCUUCCUGACAUUCGAAUCUUGGCAAAAGACCACGCCCUUCUCCUGCUCUGUGACCUCUCUCGUUCAAAUCAGGAUGCUGUGGAGGUGGCUAUAUCUUUCCAGCCAGAAGAUCUACCAGACCACAGUCUGAUCCAGAAGGCAGCCAGCGCCAUAGAGGGUACCUUGUCAAGGCGGCACAACAGCACUAUAAUGCUGGCAGUCACUGAGGUCAAAGUGGAAACGCAAGUCAUGACCCCCUCAGUGGAUUACCUGGUGCCUUUACUAUGUGUAGUCUUCUGCUUGCUCUGCCUCUUCUGCAUCAUUGUAUGCGUUUGGUGGACGCGCAAACGGAGAAAAGAACGUGAGAGGAACGCACGAUCUGCCACAGAUGACAAUGUGAACAACCAGUGGGAGCCACUCCGGCUCGUCGUGGGACGUCAGCAGCAGCAGCAGCUGAAAGAAAGCAACAGGGAGGCUGAGCAGGAGCGCAAAAAGCUCAUGGGUCCCUCCUAUCGGACGUGUGAUGAGGGGGAGGAGGAGGAGGAGACGGAAGGCGAGUUUGAGCUCGAGGAAGAGUGUGGUGGAGCAGAGGCAGGAAAGCAGCCAGUUUGUAAGUACUCUAAGACUGCAGUGCAGUCCAGUGGGGGAGUGAUCUGUACCCUGCACAGCUCCAGUUCACCCCUCAAAGCGCCCCACCGGACCCCAGGCUACAGCCCCAAAGACAACCGCUGGAAAAAUGUCAGUGCCAUCUUGACUGGUCAAAAAGACCUCAGAGACCACUGUGUAUAAUACAUUUAAACAAAGGACUCUCAGUGUGGAAGUGAGAGAAGCUGCAAGGCAGCGGCUAUUCUUAUUUUCGGACUACUUUUUGGAAAGAAAAAAAGGCUUUGUGUUUUAAUAAGCCAUUCUUUGCUUUGUCUUCAUGUUUUUGUUACUGUCACCUGAAAGGAUUUUUGAUUCAGGAGGUUAGAGCACAGUGAACAUCCUUUUUUUGCUUCUGUUCACUUAUUUUUCUUUAUUUAUGUACAGAAGGAGCUGAAAUGUAACAAUUUUUCAAGAGGCAAAAGAAGCUCUCUGCAAUUUUUGUUUAUGGAAUUGUACCAUUUAAGAAACGAUGAUUCAUGAAAAAGGAGAAAAAAACAACUUGUAUAAAGAUUUUUUUUUUUUUUUAGUUUACAGAUGAUUAUGCUUUUGUUAAAUUGUCAGCGGGCUCCUGUUCAGUGUCUGUGGGGGGCAGAUACACAUUAAAGGGACAGUAAAGGAAGGGUUUUGAGGGAAACGGACUGUUGCAGCCACAGCAACAGAGGAAACUUUCCCUUUGCUCUGUCUCUUUCCGGCUUUGCCCACCAAUCCACCUGUGGCCGUCAUACGCCAGCCUUACCAAAACACUUGGCCUGGAGGGGAGAGGGGACAGAAACCCCAGUGCCUACUAUGUGGCCUUCCAUUUUUUUUCUCCUGUCUCUCAGCUUUCUUGGCUGAAAGCUCUGUAUGAGGAUUUUUUUUUUUUUUUUUUUUUUUU